UUCUCUCAGCUUCACAUGUAACUUUAUGGAAAAGGUGAUUUAAUAUCAUAAAUAAGGCAAUGUCUAGCACGAGGAGCUGCGACAAACGCGGGAUGUAAUAGUGUAACGAUUCCGUCCUCUCAAUGGGCGGGCACGAGGCUUAUACCACGGCGUGCGCCGAAGGGACGCAGUGACUGCUGGUAGGGCGCGCGCUCACCACGACCAUAACAUUAAAUAAUAUAUCGUGCCUACUUUGAUUUAUCUCGUAGAAAUUGUUCAGUACUCAGUUAAGUGAUAAUUAUUACUUAUAUUAAUAAGGUUUGCUGAAUACGGUGAGACUUAUUUGUGAGAAGGUGUCAUGACAGUUAAGAACCACUGGGCCCAGCUGGCCAAUGUACGAGGAGCGGUCAAUCAGAUUCUGCUGGUGUUUUUAAUCAAUGUUCCCACGGUGUCGUUUGGGCUGGCGCUGGGCUGGGUGUCUCUGGCGAGCGGGGAGGCGGGCGCAGCGGCCGCGGCGGUUGCGGGUGGCGGAGAUGAAGCUAAUCGGGGCGCCGUGGUCGCGGCCGUGACCACGUUUACAGCGUCGUUGGUGGGCGUACCGCUCAGCGCCCGUGCUCUGAACGCCGGAAGGAAGGCCGCGCUCAUCGCCACUUCGUCUUGCUUCGUGGUUUGCUGGUCGCUCAAGCUAGUAAGCGUGUGGGGCGGCGCGUGGUGCGUGGUGGUGGCACGCGUGGCUGCCGGGCUCGGCGGCGCCGCGGCUUGGGCCCUCGCUCCUUUGCUGGCAAGAGAAAUGUGUAGCGAGAAGUACCAAGGAGCUGCUGUGUCGGCGCUGGCGCUGGCUCAUAACUUUGGCGUCCUGCUCAUGUACCUCGCUGCUGACGCGGCGAUACCGCACAGGACGAUACUGUGGUGGUGCUUGGGACUGUCUGUCACACACUGCGUGAUUUUCGGAUUCGUUCCCGAGUCCCCGUCGUUUUUGGCAGCCAAAGGUAAAAUAAAGGAAGCUUGCGUGUCAUUGGCGUGGUUCCGAGGGUUGUCGGUGUCAGACCCUGCUCUGGAGACGGAGCUGCGGUCGCUGCCAUCCCCUGAGCGUGACCAGUCGUCCUGGAGCCUCGCGAAAGAAAUGCUAAGCGACCUACAGCGACGUCGAGCCUUCAUAAUUGGAGCCGUAGCGGUGAUAGGUCAGGAGGCUUGCGGCGUGCUGGCCAUCCUUCAGUACGCCGAGCGAGUGUUCGUUCUGGCGCGGGACGAGAGCGAGCCGCCGGCCCCGCUGAGCGCACGCCCCCUCCUCUCGACCAGCGCCCCGAUUGCCGAGCUGAUGUCUCCGGCGCGACACGCCGUUAUCAUCGGAGCCGUCCAACUUGUGAUGUCAGCCCUCUCACUCUACCUCGUCGAAAGGAUUGGACGUAGGCCGCUGCUAGUCGUGUGCGCGGUAUUGACGGGUGCAGCACUGGCGCUGGCAGCGGCGCUUACGGGCAUCACCUCGGGCGGUACCACUGUCGCCAUUGCCAUUGCUGUAGCAGCUGACUCUGCUGGUUUGCAGCCAGCACCCUACGCGCUGCUCGCUGAUAUGUUUCACUAUCAGUACCGCAGCUGCGCGCUAAUGCUGGUGAGCGCGGGUGGCUGCGCUGGCAACGCGCUGGAGGUGGCGCUGUUCCCGCUGGCGGCGACGGCGGGGGGACUGCGCGGCGCGCUGGGGCUGGCGGCCGCGCUCACUCUCGCGUACGCGCUCUUCGCGGCACUGCUUGUGCCGGAGACACGUGGCCGGUCUCCGGAGCAGAUAUACGCUGCUGUUGGUCCCGACCAACACGGCCGACCGAACGACUGCGAACGCGAACACGACUCUAAGUGCAGUGCACUCACCGUGUGCACGAAACUCCAGCAGCCCGCGAGCAGCACGGCGGUUACUGCUAGUAACUGCGGCGACGGCCUGCAGCUUCUGAAGACUUCGCUAGGGGAAAAUUACACCACUAAUACAAGUCUAUCAUCUGUUCAGUAUAGUUCGAACAUGGGUUUGCUGGACAAGUUGUCAGCGUGGAUAGGCGGUGGCGGCACGCAGGUGACGGUGCUGGUGCUGGGCUUGGACAGCAGCGGCAAGACCUCCACUCUGAACGCGAUGCGCCCACCUGAGCAGCGCAUCUCGCACACGCUGCCCACGGUCGGGCACCAACAGGACCACUUCCAGAGCGGUGGCGUGUCGUUCAGCGCGUGGGACGUGUCGGGCGCGGCGCGCAUGCGCUCGCUGUGGGAGCGUCACUACCGACACGCGCACGCUGUCAUAUUCGUCGUCGACUCGGCGGAUCACUUGCGGCUGGUGGUGGCCCGGGAAGAGCUGGAGCUGAUGCUGGCUCACCCGGACAUGUUCGGGCGCCGCACACCGCUGCUCGUGCUCGCUAACAAGAGCGACGCGCCGCACGCGCUGUCCGCCGCGCAUGUCGCCGCCGCUCUAGGUUUGGAGCGCAUCACCGACAAGCCGUGGCAUAUCUGCUCCUGCAGCGCUCUCACGGGCAUGGGUCUAGCUGACGGGAUUGCGUGGUUGGCGAGGCAGCUGCGGGAACAGCGCACCAAUCGCUAAAAUUGUCUUCAACCACAAUGUAUUAUAUAAUUUAACAAAAUUAUUAUAUAAUUAAAUUUUUGGUCAAACAAAGCGAUAUCAGUAUAACAACGAUCUAAGCCAAGUAACGGGCUUAGGGCGUACUGUAAAUCUUCAUCUGUAAUUACAUACACAAUAAGUAUAACACAUCUUAAAUUGAGCGUAUAAUAAUGCAACAGAAUAGCAUAUAUACUCAAGCAUAUAAUUAUAAUAAUAAUUUAAAAUAUUUGAGUUGUAAGAUAUAUUAGGUACAGUAAAGAAAUCUGUUACAUUGUUAGCCAGUUGUAUUCAAAACGGAAUGUAGAAGAAGAAUUAUGCAUUCAUUUAUAAUGAUCGUAACAAUAAAUAAAACGAAACUGAAUUUACGCGCCAUUAAAGUUUCCUCUGCAGCUGACGGACGAAUGGUCGCCGAGAGUCGGCCGCUGACUCGGCAAGAGACGUGACGUAGUUUUUGUGAAUUAGCCGAUAUUACAUUUACGAAUAUAUCUUUGAGCAAGCGAUUAUCUUCGCGACACUGUCGGAUACCUACACGAUUUGAAAGCAUUUACGGCUGUUCUCAGUUGAGAAAAGGUAUAUUAAACAUGUUUGUACAAAAUUAUGUACAAUUGACAAAGAACAAUGAAAAUCGUAGGCAGAUUUAAUAAAAAAUAUAUAUUUUGUAUAAAUAACAACGUAACACUGCGUGAGUAGGUAUUGUCGCGAAAUUAUUUUAACAUAAAAUUGUGCCGCGCCAUUUCACAGUCGUAAAAGCGCUGCUGCCGUCGGAGCGCCGCAUAAUGCGCCAUAGCGAUGUAGUCUCUGCUUUAUCUUUCAUUAUUUACGAAGAAUUAUAUCGUUUGUGUUCAAGACCGGUAAUUAAUAUUUCAAUAUUAUCCAUAAAUUUUAUUUGAAAUCGUUGAAUUCGGUUUUAGUAAUAAUAAUAAUCAUUUUUUUUAUUGUAUAAUAAUUAAGAAAUAAUCCCAUAUUUAAAUCGCACGUUUAUGUGGCAGCAGACAUGCAUGCAAUGGUUAAUAGAAUGAAAUAACAUUUAUAG